AUGGUGUCACCACCACCAUUGAAGAAUCCUACUUACUUGUGCACUUACCACAUCUGCUUCCUUGUUCUUGUGUCCACCACCACCACCCUCUCCGCAGCUGUUUCAACCAGCUCCUACUCCUCCGUUUGCCCCUCCGUGGCACCUGCUUCCGACCGCCACGCCGACGCUGGCGACGCCCUUUCUCUCGCCCGCUCCUUCCAGGUAUACGACGGUUACUUCUCAGGCGGCGCGGACAGCCUCUUCUCCCACGACGAUCAACUCCACAACAACUACCGCUCAUUUUCCCUCUUCCCCGACAGCGCGAGCCGCACCAGCGACCCCGCUCUCAUCCACGUCGCCGCCACCCUCACCCUCACCGGCCCCCGCAGCAUCAGGUAUAUGAGCCAUGGACGCCGCCGCAAUCACACCUUCGCCCAGUCCAUCUCUUUCGUCCUCGACGGCUACUACUCCUCCACCUCACUCCAACUCUGCAUGGUUGGGACGGGCACCGAGCUCGCCGCCAACAGCUCUAGUCUAAAGCAGUACUUGGAUGUCACCCUCCGCCUCCACGUGCCCAGUCCUUCCAGCCUCACCGAUCCCUUCGUGACUGGCACUCUAGAUGGCUCCUCCGACUUCAGGGCCAUCCAUCUGCUCGCGUAUGCCGAAGGGGAAGAUUACCGGUACGGCGAGCGCGCCACCUGCAGCUUAAUCGAGGUGCAGCAGCCGGCCACGGGCUCACUUCAGGCGCUCGAGGGCAACUUCGCAUGCGAAGCCUUGAGAGAGACCUCUUACAGGCUGCUGGAUCAUCGCGGUGGCGGCCCGGCCAAGCUUCAUCGGAUGCACGUCAACCGGAUGCAGUGCGGCGCGGACGGCGCCGUGCACGCGUACAUGGUGCUCUCCAACGACACCCGGUCCGGAAGGCGUGGCUACCGUGGCCGUGGGUACUACCACCACAUGGUCAACGACGAGGCGAUGGUAGCCGAAGGGCACUGGGACUCAGAUCGGAGGAUGCUCUGCCUGAGAGCAUGUUGGGUGGUGCGCUCCCGGCCGUCAACUCUGGCGGUGCUCGAGUGCGGCAUCGGGAUGAGCUUCUGGUUCCCGGCCGUGUGGACGGUCCUCGAGCGGAGCACCGUGGCCGGCGUGCUUUGGAGCUCCAGUGUCAACAUUGGCGCUGGACCGAUUUCUGGCGUGAUAUCGGCGUUCAGCUUCGAUGACCACAGAAGAAACCUCUCCGACGUGACGUACAGCUACAACGACACGAUGCUUGAGGUGGCGAAGAAGCAGUAUUAUCUGAAUAUUAGCAAGGGGAAGAGAAAAGGUUCGUUCCCAGCCCAGGGUAACUAUGCUUACCACGACUUCAGGCUUCAAUUUUACAUGAAAAAUGCGGGGACCGGAGACGCCUACCCCGUCACGAUGGGCUCGGUGAUGCUAAACGAGGAUGGGUUCGUCGCCGAUGAUUCCUCCUCCUCACGGCCAGCGGUGGUUGACGACUUGCUGAGCAUCAGCUACGACAUACUCCAUUAUGCGCCUCCGCCCAAGAAUCAGGUGAACGUGUCGCGCUCAUACACCCUUGAGGAAGGACGAAUCUCAGCAGAGGGUGUGUACGAUCCCAAGAGGGGCAUCCUGUCCAUGGUGGGCAGCCAGGAGCACAGCGGCUCAACGGACUGCGAGAUAUUGAUAACCGUGCAGUUUGCCGCUGUGGGUGACAGAGCUGAGGGACUCGGCAGCAAGGGAACAAUCAAAAGCCUGAGGAACAGGACCGACGGCCUUUUCUUCGAGAAGAUGGACAUCACCCUUUACAGUAUGUACCCAAUGGAGGUGUCGGAGGCGAUAUCGAGGAUGGACCUGGAGAGCGUCAUGUUGGUGAUCUCCUCAACGUUGUCGUGCAUCUUCACCAUCCUGCAGAUCCUCCACACAAAGCGGAACCCCAAGACAGCUCCGGCGAUGUCGAUCACCAUGCUCGCCGUCCUCACCUUGGGGCACCUCGCCCCUCUCGUGCUCAGCUUCGAGGUGAUGUUCCGGAGCAGAAGGAGCCAGUACUCUCUGUACUUGAUGGAUGGCUGGCUGGAGGUGAAUCAAGUGAUGAUGCGGGUGCCUACACUGAUCGCCUUCCUGCUGCAGCUGCGCCUUCUUCAGCUGGGGUUGUUCGGCCGCCUGAGAUCGGGCGGCCACCAGAGCGAAUCCGUUGGUACACCGUCGGUGGCCGUGUCGGAGAGGGUCGUGCUGCAGGUGUGCCUGCCACUGUAUCUUCUCGGAGGAGUCCUUGCCGUGAUCUUCCACAUGAUCAAUGCCCACUCUACUGCAGGCGAUGUUGUUCUCGUUGGUGAGGAUCCGGCGACGCUAUGGGACGACCUGGUGUCGUACGCGGGGCUGAUACUGGACGGCUUCCUCCUCCCUCAGGUCAUCCUGAAUGCGUCCGUGUCAGGCUCCAAAGUUCGAGCGAUUUCACCUUGGUUUUAUAUGGGGGGCAGCGCGAUCCGAGCGGCGCCUCAUGUGUAUGAUGUGGUCAGGGGGCGUAUCUUGGAGCAGCUAAGCGUGAGGCUCACCAAGGUAUACGCGAGCCCUCGUGUCGACCUGUUCGGUGUCGCGUGGGACAUCGUUAUACCCUGUGGAGCAGCUUUGCUAGCCACGGUCCUAUUCUUGCAGCAGCGGCUUGGGGAUGCCUCGGAGAGACGGAGAUCAGGUGGUUAUGAGAUGGUAUCUCACAGCUAA